AUGGAGAGCCCGGUCCGCGUUUACAUGGGGAAAGCGACGCGGCUCGGCGCAUCAACAUCAGUUCAAGAAGCAAUUACGAGGAUAAAGUCUUUAAUAGAUGAUGGCGAGCCCUUAUUCACAAAGAAAGAACUCCAUGCGGUCAGGGAGCAGCUGAGAAAAGUCCAGGGUAAGGAGGAUGGCCAGAAGAUAUUCGUGAAAGGAUUAGACGGUGUCGCGGUCGAAUUUGCUAUAGAGACUGGGAAUACGCAUAGAUCACCCCUGCCUGGUUAUGAAUUUAUUGUCCAGAAGCCAUGUAUUGAAUACGUGCCCAUGCAGGACCUUAUAUCUUCGCUCUGGAAUCGUAACCCUGACGUGGCAUAUUGCAACUUACGGAUUUAUCAUUAUCGCGUCCUACGGAACAUAUCCACAAAACAGUUAUGUGACACUCAAGCUAUGAUGUCGAAGAAUGAAACGGAGAUAUUCUUUCAAACUCAUUCACAGGUUUGGAGGGCUAGCGAACCAUGCAAACAGCUGAGAUCGACUCUCUUGUCAAAAGGAUGUGUCACUAAUAUUCGCAAAGUUGUUGGGUUCGCACUUGGGUCGAUUGCUUCUAAUGAUCGGCCUGAUCUCUUUACUUCUCCCUCAACUGCAUCAGCAUUCCAGCACUCACUCAUCUUGACGUUACGCGAUGUAUUGUGCGAGAGAGAAGGAGAGCGACGCGAAGAUAUUCUGUGCUAUGUACAAGACCCUAUGUACACCGAUAUCGACAAGUCGAUUCUAGAGUCCUCUGGAAUUGAUAUCCUCGACGACCCAGAGGCUUUCCUCCAGGUCGACGAUGCAGCAAUUGUGGUUUCAUGUGCGCCAAAUGUCCCUGUCAAGCAAAUUGUUUCGGAUCUGGCUCGACCUGUAGUUAUGAUAUGGGAUAGGAUCGGAGACCGAGAAGAGGACCCUCCCGGCACUGACCCGGACUCUUCGCGCUUGAGGGAUCUCAUCCGAAACCAUUACGAGGAGAUCGAGUUCCUGGGGGAUGGGCAAAACUUUAGAGACCUUGCUGUGUAUAUCUACCGCUCUGAUGUAUCCUCAACAGGCCGAUAA